AUGCUAAUGUCUGAAGAAAAACAUAUUCCCACUUGGCAGUUACCAUAUGAACAGCAUAGCUUCUCAGUGCACCAUUACCAGCAGCAGCAAGACUCUAACUUCCUGGACCCGGCCGGCUACUUUGUUCCCUAUGCUAAUGGCUUCCCGCAACAGACGCAAUACUCAUCGUACUCAUCAUUUGCCCCCUUUCAAAUAGGUCAUGUUCAACAAUUGAACGCAAACCCACUCGCACAGGUACAGACUCACUACUCGUACCAAUCUCCGAACUACCAGAGACAACAGUUCACACCCGACUCGUCCUUCAGCGACAAACCAAGCAGCGCGGCCGAUCUAAUAUUCGACAUCAAGAAGGAGGAGACGGAAGCUUCGCAUGCACAGCCCCAUCAGUACCAGCAGCCGGCCAUCAUGGGAAUAGGGUGGCCGCUCCCCCAAUUCCAGCUGGAAGACCGCUCCAAUUCUCUGUUGAAACGCUCCAAAUCGCUUUCGUUCGAAGACACACCGACUGCAUUUAAAGCGCGUGACCAAAGACGUUCUCUACCGAAAAAUGUGUUGCUGGACACCGAGGAGUCGGUGUUGUCGCAGGUCGAACAGUUGCAAAAAGAUUCAUCGCUGUGGGAGCUGUUGAACUCGGUUCCGAAAAAAGGAAGCUCGUAUAAGUGCAGCCACUGCACCGAGAAGUUCACCACGGUGGAAAGCUUUGUUCUCCAUUUGGAAAAGUACAAGCUUGUGAGAUCCAACAAGUGUCCGGUGAAAGACUGUGUCCGUACCGAAUCAUAG